AUGGCAACCAUCCAACGUCGCUUUUUCCACCAAUCCCUCCGUUAUCUCAGUCAUGAGAAUCCCCUCGGUCUACCCCGAACGGGCUCAAUCCCUCGUAUGCAGCGCGGGCUCCCAGAACGGCGCAAGAUCAAAGACGUCUCAAAAGUUAUCGCUGUAUCAUCCGCUAAGGGUGGCGUAGGCAAGAGCACCGUCGCCGCGAAUUUGUCUCUAGCUUUCGCAAGGAUGGGUUACCGCUCCGGGAUCCUCGACACCGAUAUCUUCGGGCCCUCUAUACCUACGCUCUUCGACUUGAGCGGAGAACCGCGGUUAUCAUCUAAUAACCAAUUAUUACCCAUGUCCAAUUACGGUGUCAAGACUAUGUCUAUGGGCUACCUAGUUGGUGAGGAGGCACCCGUCGUGUGGCGGGGCCUUAUGGUAAUGAAAGCCCUACAACAGCUCCUUCAUGAGGUCGACUGGGGUGGUCUGGACAUUUUAGUACUCGAUCUACCACCCGGCACGGGAGAUACACAACUUAGUAUUACACAACAAAUCAUACUUGACGGCUCUGUCAUUGUAACCACGCCACAUACUCUGGCAGUAAAGGAUGCGGUAAAGGGUAUCAACAUGUUUAAAAAGGUGAAUGUGCCCUUGCUCGGCCUAGUACAAAACAUGUCACUAUUUAACUGCCCACACUGCCACCAUGAUAUAGCAAUCUUCGGAUCUAGCGAACGUGUUAAGGAAGUUUGCGCAGAAUAUUCCAUCGAUCUACUGGGUGAUAUUCCACUGCAUCAGAAUGUCGGAGAUGACGGCCAGAAGGGGAAACCAACUGUGGUCUCGGAGCCUGACAGUACGAGAGCUCAGGCCUUCAUGGAUAUUGCUAGGCUAGUAGGGUCGAAGGUGGGCUUAUAA